AUGGCCACCCCACGAGAGGAUAUUUUGAAUAAGUUAGUCGAGGAACGCGGUCGCGUUAAAUCGUCGCUCACGCGAUUUAAGACAUGUUUUGAGACGCAGCGAGCAACCACCGGGGCUGCUGCAUUGGAGGAACGGUUGCACAGAAAUCUCCAUUUACUCGAUAGAUUUGAGUCGAUUCAGGAUCGCAUCGAUGCGAUCACCGCCGGGACACCGGAAGAACACACGCAAAAUCAAAUUCGCGAGGCGUUCGAAAACGCGUAUUUCGAUAUCAUAGGCGCGGUUCGCGAACAUGUUUCGGCUAAGCGUGCUCCGGUUCCGAAUCCGAGCUCUACCGCGCAACAGACGUUUCGUGUAGAUGCUGCAUCACCCACAGCCUCCGUAGCGGCACCCUCGGUUAGAUUACCGUCAGUUCCGUUGCCCAGUUUUCACGGGACGGUCGGAGAAUGGGUCUAUUUUCGAGACAGCUUCGAAUCAUUGCUAAACCAAAAUACCGUGUUAAGCAAUAUCGAACGGUUUCACUAUUUGAGAUCAGCAGUAAAGGGAGACGCUGCUCGGGCAUUGAAAGCAUUACCGAUGUCAGAUGAAAACUACACGGCCGCGUGGAAGCUCUUGUGCGAGCGUUACGAAGACACAAAUGAAUUAAUCGAUUUCCACGUCGGUGCAUUGUUCGACUUGCCGACGUUGCCAAAGGACUCACCGGCGAGUCUGAGGCAACUUUUAGACGACUUUAACAACAAUUUAAAAUCCUUAACCUCGCUGGAGGAACCCGUCGAAAAAUGGGACACGAUCUUGGUCCAUUUAUUAGCGACCAAACUCGACCGGAAAACGAGCGAAGCGUGGGAUAAACGGGUCGCGGAAAUAGGCCGUACGAAAACGUUGGCAGAUUUACAGACAUGUCUCGAAAAGCAGUACAAAAUCCUAAUAAAGUCAGUUCGAGUAAUACCUCCGGGUCCGUUCCCUCCGAAAAAUAGGAACCCAGGUCAGAAACCGCAACCUCACCCCAUGACGCUGGUUAGCACGCAAAGUUUAGAAUGCCCAUUAUGUUCGUCGGAUCAUCCUCUCAUACAAUGCAAACGGUUUAAAGCUUUGACUCCGUACGCUCGGUUUAUGAAGGUCAAAGAAUUCCGUAUUUGUUUUAAUUGCCUGCGACCAGGUCAUGGGUCAAACACCUGCAACAAGGGGAGUUGCCACAAAUGCAACGGCAACCAUCAUACGUUGAUUCAUUUAAAAAAUGACUCGACGCCUACCGUAGAUCCUGUGGUUGCAGAUCCCGUCGUUAGUAUAGCAAAUGUAGUAAAUAAUACGCCCCCUCAGAGUUAUGCAACUCAUGACUCGUCGGGAAAAGAGCAUGUUCUUUUAUCCACGGCUAUUAUACAUGUCCUCAACGACAAGGGACAAAAAUUUGAAUGUAGGGCGUUACUCGACCAAGGCUCGCAAGUAAAUAUCAUAAAAGAGUCAUUUGCGAAAUUUGUCGGCUUGAGUUGUAAACCGACCCAAUUAGCGAUCUCGGGGGUAGGGGCCGCGGACGCAGGUAAACGCGCUCAGGGUAAGGCUCGCGUUACAAUACAAUCGCGGCAAAACGGAUAUUCAACUACGAUGUCAUGCAUACUGAUGCAAAAGAUCACUUCCGAUAUUCCCAAUUUUAAAAUCGCCAAAUCAGCAUUGAACAUCCCUGCAAAUGUCAGAUUAGCAGAUCCAUCCUUUGACAAACCGCGUGAUGUAGACAUGCUAAUAGGGAAUGGGCAUUUGUGGGAGAUAAUGAGCGUAGGGCAGAAACGCCUGGGACAGGGUCUUCCGGUAUUGCUCAAAUCCCAGUUCGGAUGGGUUUUCGGUGGGAAAAUUCGGGCGUCGCUCAACGCGGAGUCGCAGUCGUGCAAUGUAGUCACGAAUGAUCAAUUAAAUUCACAAUUAACUCGAUUUUGGGAUAUCGAACAAAUCCCAACACUCGGUCACCUUCCAGCUCACCCGUGCGAGGAGCAUUUUAAUGAGACGGUAAAGCGAGACUCCGACGGCCGGUUUAUUGUUACGAUUCCGUUUAACUCGGACCUGGCAAAGCUCGGCGAUUCAUAUUCCAUGGCGGAGCGUAGGUUCUUCGGCUUGGAAAGAAAAUUGAACAGAACACCUAUUCUGAAAGCAGAAUACGUGUCUUUUAUGAGCGAAUACCUCGCACUGGGUCAUAUGACUCAGGUAAGUCGGGACUCUCGAACGCAGGCCGGUCCUGCCUAUUACCUGCCACACCAUGCGGUGACAAAGGCAGCAAGCACAACGACCAAGAUGCGCGUUGUAUUUGACGCAUCCGCGAAAACCAGUUCCGGAUAUUCUUUAAAUGAUACUCAAGAGAUCGGUCCUGUUGUUCAGGACGAUCUAUUUUCCAUACUCAUUAGAUUCAGACAGCAUCAGAUAUCAGGGUCGGCUAACGGAAGGUUAGCGGGUAGCUGCAAUUGUUGUUUUGGGAUUGCGUGGGACGGUAGAAUUUCUGUAAUUUGCGGCAAGAUUAAAAAUGCUAAUUCGGUGCUAAAUGUAUUAAUGAGUGAUUUGAUACGCGAUUUCACCAUGUGA